AUGGCAACAUUCUUGAAAACCCACGUAAACUUCCAAGAACACCAAAUCACUCCCAAAAUCCAUGAAAACACCCAAAUCCGCCACCAAAGCAGCCGCCACCAGCCGUGGUAUUCACCAGAAACUGGAAUAUACAAAAGCAAAUACCCCUCCAUUGAAUUGCCGUCGGACCCUUUUCUUGAUGUGGUGUCAUUUAUUUUAUCCCAGAAGCAUAAUGGAAUCACUGCUUUUAUUGAUUCUUCAUCUGGGUUUUCAGUUUCUUAUUCUCUGUUUUUCUCAUUGGUGAAAUCCAUGGCCAGUGGACUACACCAAUUAGGUGUAAAGCAAGGUGAUGUAAUCUUGAUUUUGCUGCCAAAUUCUAUUUACUUCCCUGUAAUCUUCUUGGGUGCUUUGAGUUUAGGUGCAAUUGUGACUCCAAUGAAUCCAUUGAGCAAAUCGUUAGAGAUAAAAAAGCAGGUUCUUGAUUUAAAUCCAAGAGUUGCAUUUUCAGUUCCUAAUAAAGUGGAUGAAUUGAGAAUUACAUUAAGAGGUUGUUCUGUAAUUGAGGUUCCAGAUUAUGUAAAUUUUGAUAGAAUCCCAAGUGAAAGUGAUUAUCUUCACAGGCUUAUUUUCAGUGAUCCACUUAUGGCUCCAAGGCCUAAAAUUAAGCAUCAUGACACUGCUGCAAUUUUGUAUUCAUCAGGCACCACUGGAAGUGUUAAGGGUGUUGUGUUAACACAUAGGAAUUUUAUAACCAUGAUGGAGCAUUUUGUAAGAUUUGAAUCUUUGCAGUAUGAUUAUCCGAGCACAAGUAAUAUCUACUUGGCUACUGUACCAAUGUUCCAUAUUUAUGGACUUUCCCAAUUUGUUAUGGGAUUAUUGUCAUUGGGUACUACUGUUGUUGUGAUGAAGAAAUUCAAUGCUGAUGAGAUGGUAAGAGCUAUAGAUGGAUACGGUGUAACUCAUUUUCCCACUGUACCGCCUUUAUUGAUGGCAUUAAUAAGGAAAGUCAAGAGUUCUCCAGGCAAUAGUUUUAGGAGCUUGAAACAGGUUUCGUGUGGUGCGGCUUCAUUGAGCAUGAAAUUCAUAGAGGACUUUAUUCAUACUCUCCCUCAUGUUGAUCUCAUUCAGGGCUAUGGUUUGACGGAAUCAACUGCUGUAGGAACUCGUGGCUACAAUACCGUUAAGAUUCGUAAAUAUUCUUCUGUAGGACUUCUGGCUCCAAAUGCACAAGCUAAAGUGGUGGAUUGGGUCACUGGUUCUUGUUUACCACCAGGAAGCAUUGGUGAACUUUGGUUACAUACACCUGGUGUCAUGAAAGAAUACUUGAAUAAUGUUGCGGCGACUACUGCCACAAUCGAUGAAGAUGGUUGGCUACAUACAGGGGAUAUUGUUUAUUUUGAUCAAGAAGGAUACUUAUAUGUACUUGACCGUUUGAAAGAAGUCAUCAAGUACAAGGGCUUCCAGAUUGCUCCUGCUGAUCUAGAGUCAGUAUUGCUGUCUCAUCCCGAGGUGCUCGAUGCAGCAGUAACAGCAGCAAAGGACGAAGAAGCUGGAGAGAUCCCCAUUGCAUUUGUAGUCCGGAAAGAUGGGAGUUCACUCUCGGAGACCGUCCUAAUGGACUAUGUAGCUAAGCAGGUUACACCGUAUAAGAAGCUGAGAAAGGUUUAUUUCCAAGCCUCAAUACCAAGGUCUGCAGCUGGGAAGAUUCUUCGAAGGGAGCUAAGGGCCUUACUAAAUUCUAAACUGUAA